AUGAGGGGCAGCCCACUGAUCCAUCUCCUGGCCAUUUCCUUCCUCUGCCUUCUCUCAAUGGUGUGCGCCCAGCUGUGCCCGACACCCUGUACCUGUCCUUGGACACCACCCCAGUGCCCACUGGGGGUACCCCUGGUCCUGGAUGGCUGUGGCUGCUGUCGAGUGUGUGCGCGGAGGCUGGGGGAGUCCUGCGACUACCUGCAUGUCUGUGACCCCAGCCAGGGCCUGGUUUGUCAGACUGGGGCGGGCCCCGGUGGCCAUGGGGCCGUGUGCCUCUUGGAAGAGGAUGACGGCAGCUGUGAGGUGAAUGGCCGCAGGUACCUGGAUGGGGAGACCUUUAAACCCAACUGUAGGGUCCUGUGCCGCUGUGAUGAUGGCAGCUUCACCUGCCUGCCGCUGUGCCCUGAGGAUGUGCGCCUGCCCAGCAGGGACUGCCCACACCCCAGGAGAAUACAGGUGCCGGGGAGGUGCUGCCCCGAGUGGGUGUGUGACCAGGGAGUGACACCGGCGAUCCAGCCUUCCGCAGCCCAAGGACGUCAACUUUCUGCCCUUGUCACUCCUGCAUCUGCUGAUGUCCCCUGUCCAAACUGGAGCACAGCCUGGGGCCCCUGCUCAACCACCUGUGGGUUGGGCAUAGCCACCCGAGUGUCCAACCAGAACCGAUUCUGCCAACUGGAGAUCCAGCACCGCCUGUGUCUGCCCAGACCCUGCCUGGCAGCCAGGAGCCGCAGCUCAUGGAGCAGUGCCUUCUAG